AUGCCACACAAAGUCAACAACGACUCCAAUUCCACCCUCGCAAGCAGAGGCAGCAUCGGUGACCCAGUGGUCGCUACCGAAGUCAGAACCUCCAAUCCCGUCCGGAAACCACCCGUCAUCGUCCACAAUAGAGGCGGCCAGAUCUACGACGAGACCCGGCCGUCCGACUGGGAUAAACAACGCUGGAAAUAG